GGGAAUCUGGAAAGACUCGUUUAUCUCAACCUCUCCAAUUCGAUGAUUUCCGAUUCGAUCACGACCCAAUUCGCCAACCUCUCGUCGCUACAGAUACUCGAUCUUUUAUGUUCCUAUCUCACUAAUGACUUCUCAUCCUUGUCCAUUAGUCUCUCUUCCUUGAAGUCUUCCUUUAACUCCAGGGUUUCCUACAUUAACAACGGCAACGUUUCUUGCGCGAAUUUGGGUUGGUUGCAGGGAUUGGUGAACCUCAGAGAGCUAAGCUUGGAUGGAGUUGAUCUGUCUACUGCGUCUCAAUUGACGAAUUGGGCAGAACCCAUAUCAUUUCUUUACAACCUGAGGCAGCUUCAUCUCUCUGAUUGUGGAAUUUCUGGCUCGAUUCCGGUUAACCAUUUUCUCAACCUCACACAUCUGUCUUCACUUGGAAUGGGUUUCAAUUUUCUCACCUCUACAUUCUCAGCUCAGCUAGGUAACCUCACUUCUCUUUCUUCACUCGAGCUCGAAAACUCUCAUCUCCAAGGUCACAUGGCUUACCUUCCUCAACUACAACAGCUUUAUAUUGAUGACAACCCCGAUCUAGCCGUCGAUUUAACUUCACUAUUCGCACGUCCCUGGCCAUACUUGCUAACUCUUUCAAUACGUAACACAAACAUCUCUGGACUAAUCCCACCUUCAAUUUCAAAUGCUACCACGUUGCUCAAUCUCUUCGCAUCGGGUAGUUUUAUUCAAGGACCUAUUCCUACUUCUCUUUUUAACCUUUCAGAUUUACAGUAUCUAGACCUUGGUGAGAACAACCUAGUAGGUAGCCUUCCUUCUUCAAUUUCUGGUCUUAAAAGCCUUGAAUUCCUUGUCCUGUUCCAGAAUGAAUUCAAUGGUCAGAUACCCGAAUCGAUAUGUGAUAUUUCUUCACUUCAAACCAUUCAUUUGGCAAAUAAUGUUUUCAAUGGAAGAAUACCCGAUUGCAUUGGCCGACUUCCCAACAUUGAAAAGUUCUAUGUCAGUUCUAACUCCAUGGAGGCCACUCCCUUUUCAUUGAUUUCUUUAUUUCAAAACUCAACCCCCUAUGAAAUAGAUCUUGGCUCGAGUGGGAUAACCGUUAGAACCGAUUCAUACCCAUUUCCAUCUAACUUCCAACCUCAAAUUCUGGGCCUGCAUUCGUGUAAUUUGGGAGGAGAAAUCCCAGAUUUCCUUUCUAAUCUGACCCAACUUGUAGCGUUAGAUCUGGCUAAUAACAGCUUGACUGGAACAAUCCCAUCUUGGCUAUUCAAGCUCCCAAAACACGGUGAAAUUCCAUCCCAAAUCGGACAGCAACUAUCCAAUGCUAGAUACAUGACCCUUUCGGGAAACAAACUCUCUGGGGGAAUUCCAAAUUCUCUCUGUCAGCCGAACAAUGUUCAUCUACAAGUCCUUGAUCUUUCAAACAAUGAGCUAACUGGAACAAUCCCAUCCACUCUAAGGAACUGUAGAUCUCUCAUUUCUCUAAACCUGGGCAAAAACCGCCUCACCGGAAACCUCCCAACCGAACUAGGAUACAUAAAAAGUUUAAGCUCUUUGCAACUGAACGACAACCGUGUCGGUGGGCCUUUGCCGAAUUCCAUCGAGCACCUUCAAAACAUGGAGUUCCUGAUCUUGGAAAGCAACAUGUUGGAAGGUAACAUCCCCUCAUUUAUCGGGAAGCUUCGCAACCUCCGAAUUCUAGUCCUCAAGUCGAACUCUUUCAAUGGGUCGAUCCCAAAUGAGAUAACCCAGCUGCGGAAACUCCAAAUAAUCGAUUUAUCAUACAACAAGCUCUCGGGUCUGAUCCCUGACGAAAUGGGCAAUUUCGAAAUGCUAGUACGACGGCCCAAAGAAAGAGUACGGCUUGGAUACAUGAUCUCACUCACAUACGCUGGCAUUGAACUGGAUAUGGCGACGAAGGGGACCGUGCAGGAAUUCCAGUUUGUGUUCUCAUACAGCAGCGGAAUCGACCUGUCUAGUAAUUUCAUAGAGGGGAAAAUUCCGGCUCAAAUGGGCUGGUUGCAGGGCCUUUACAUGCUCAAUCUAUCAAAAAAUGCAGUCUCCGGAGCAAUUCCAGUGAAUUUUGGCAACAUGAGCGGUUUAGAAUCUUUGGAUCUCAGCUUCAACUACUUGGAUGGGGAAAUACCCAUGGCUUUGGCUUCACUUGAUUAUCUUGGGUUUUUAGAUCUCUCUUACAACAAUUUGAGCGGGAAGAUCCCAAGCGGACUGCGCUUUGAUACACUCACUUGGGAGGGGUCAGCUUACAUUGGGAAUCCUUUGUUGUGUGGGCCCCCCGUGCGAAGAUCUUGUGUGGGUACCACAGAUCAGACCAAUGAGGGAGCAGAAGAGCAUGGGAAAGAGACAUGGUUGUUUUUUGGUUUUAUGGCCAUUGGUUAUGGUUUUGGGCUCUUGGGACCUUUUCUAGUUUUGGUUGUGGCCAAAAGGAAAUGGUGGGAUGGGUAUUGGAGAUUUAUUGAUGACGUGGCAUUAAUUGUUAUAAAAUGGGCGUCGAAGGUUUAAUGAGCACCGUUCAUUGUA